CCUCUUCAACGGUUCAACCGCCUUCGUUCAUGCCAUCCACUCUCACUGCAACUGUCUCAGACAAAAGUUGCACAGAGAGCGCAGAAGACUCGGCACCUUGCUUUGCCGAGCCCGCCAUUGGAACGCUAAGUCAACAAUGCCACACAGCACUGGGGCGGGCAGCAGCCCCGUCAUUUUCCGUGAGAUUUCUGUGCUGUGGCCGUCUGCCUGUCUCAGAGCGCUGAGACUGUUGGUGUUCAUGAUGCUGCUGCUGCACAGCAGCGGCCCAUGGCGGCGAAGGCUAACGAAAGAUGGCACAAAGGCGACGCCUUGUUUCGUGUUGUCCUGUUACCCGUGUGAUGGGGUUGGCUGCCAGCUUUCCAUGCCGCGUUCCCGACUCCUGAAACAGGAGCCAAGCAACGAACGCCAGGUGGCCCUGCGAAGGUGGGAAUCGGCACGCAUGUUCCAUGCUUGUUGACGGGCGUCGCUGCCAAGCGAGCCAAGGGAUCAAGCCCUUGACGGCUGGGCCCGUCGUGGGGCUGAUCUUGGCUCAAUCGAGACCUUUUCUUUCCGGAUCGAGGUCUUUUUAGAGGUUGGAUCUCCCAGCAUCGAGUUCGCGGUUAUG